AUUUAAUACUUUAGAUUCCAUAUCAGUUAGCGUGGAAGGCUGGCAUGAUGCUCACGUUACAAGCGAGUUCGGAUCGCACGAGUGGUCUACCAAUAUUUGCACAGCACGUCAGAUAAACUAUGUUUGAAAUCGGAGACCUAAAGGAGAAAAGCGAUGAUGAAACCAAGUCCGAACAAACAUCUCUUGUAACUCCUGGCGUGUAUGUCCCACGGAACAGAACCCACCGCCAGAGGUCAUUUCGAACGAAGGCCAAACGGAUAGUCACAAAAAAUGGCGAAUUCAACAUCUACAAUCCAAUGCACAGUCGCAAGGGAUUCUUCUCAAGCUGGUUCAUGACCAUGGUAGAAGCCAGGUGGCGAUGGACUCUCCUCCACUUCUUCAUGGCUUUUACCAGUGACUGGCUGUUCUUCGGAUUCAUCUAUUGGAUUAUAGCACUGGCUCACGGAGAUCUCUCUGAAGACCACUUACCUCCAAACCAGAAUGCUACCAACUGGGUUCCGUGUGUUAAGAACAUUUACGGGUUUACUUCCACGUUUUUGUUUAGUGUGGAAGUGCAUACUACUGUAGCUUACGGUAAACGAGCUAUAACUCUGGACUGUCCAGCAACUAUCACUGCCAUGUGCCUUCAGUGCAUAGUCUGCUCUAUCUUCCAAGCAUUUAUGGUCGGAAUUCUCUUUGCCAAGCUAACAAGGCCCAAAGCACGAACUCAAACAAUACUGUUUAGCAAGCAAGCCGUUGUAUGUUUUAGGAACGAAAGACUUUGCCUCAUCUUUCGGGUUGGAGAUAUGAGGAAAUCUAGAAUUCUGAACAUCAAAACAUCUGUCUUCGUCCUGAAAUUAGACACACAGGACGAAUUCCUGGAACAUUUCGAACAAAUAGAACUUGACGUCGAAAUGGAUGGGUGUGAGUCCACGUUUUUCAUGUGGCCAAUAUCAGUCAUACAUGUUAUUGAUGAAACCAGCCCUUUGUACAAAAUUUCGGCAGCAGAUAUCCUGUGUGGUAAAUUAGAGAUUUUAGUUGUUUUUGAAGGCAUCAUAGAAUCGACUGGUCAGCCAGUCCAAGCGAGAUCUUCUUACACCAAUAAUGAUAUAUUAUGGGGACACAGAUUAGUCCCCAUGGUAACACCGGACCUUCGCAAAGAGGCCUACUAUGUAGACUUCUCUAAAUUAUCUGAGACUGAACAAGUCGACACGCCGUUAUGCUCAGCUAGUGAGUUUGACGCUGUGACUACGUUAUUUGACUUUGAGAUUUCUAGUUAUCUAAGCGAAAAGUUUGAAGAUAGCUGACAGAGAUAUGGUGAUAAAAUUAUAAUUUUACUAGUAGUUUUAAAUAAGGAAAUGAAUGAUAAAAUAAAUGUAGCACGAAGUAUUUGCAAUCAUGACUGAGUAUAUACGCAUUGGUUUUAAAUUAAUUUAAAGAUAACAUUGCAGAUACGGCACUUUAUGUCUGUUUGUAAAACGUUGGUGUUUUUUUUGGAUUUAUAAAUAACAACUAUGAGACUAUUAUAACUCCUACGUACAUUAAUAUUUCUAUUUAAUCUGCAGAUUUUAAAUAUGCAUACAAAGAAACAUUUAUAUAAUCAUAGUUUCGUUAAACUUAAUAUGAAUGAUGCACAUAAAUUCAAACGAAACUUGUAAUGUUUAUUAAAACUAUUUUCAUAUCUUAUAUCCAACAAACUUCGCGCAACAGUGAUAUUAUGUUUUCUCCUUGUAAUAUUAAAAAGAAAUCUGUCCAACAAUGUUCUUCGAAGUUUUAAACACGAAAGUCAGGGCUUAACUAAAACCACUCACUUGUCAACCGAGAUAAGAAAUUAUUUGUUGAGUGAAAAUAUUUUUCGCUUCUUUACCUCCAAAUAUUUCAGUCAUGCGCUUUUACGUUGUUAUACUGGAUUAGAUGAAAUUUUAUAAGUGUUAUAGUAGAUUCGAUUUUCAUGUCAAGCAAAUUUUGUAUACCAUUGCUAAAAAUCAACUGCGGCAAUACCGUAAAGAAUGAAAUGGGGUACAUAAAAUUUAAAUAUUCUACUCAAUAUUGUCGCGUAACGACGUUGCUUGCAAGCAGCCUUUUCAAUACAAACUAAACACCCAUUGAGACGUCUGGAAUACCUAAAAUUAAUAAAAUAGACCUUAUUCACUCAGA